AUGAAAGAUUAUUCCACCAGAACUAUUAUCUUUUCAUGGUACCAGAGCAGUGAUAAGAUCCUGUUCUAUCGUUGCACUCUAAUUUCUCGUGCAGCCUCCCUAUCUCAGCCAAUCCCAUCAUCUCCAAAACCUGACUGUUCUAUUCCUAAGACCUCAGAAUCCUCAAAAUCCUCACCACCAAAAAUUGAUUCUGUUCCAAAGGAUUCAGAAACCUUAUUAGAGGUUUCAAGUCCCUAUCUCAUUCACCAUUCCGAUCAUCCUCGAUUGGUUCUCAUCUCCAAACCCUUGAAUGGAGACAAUUUCUCUGGUUGGAAAAGGGCUAUGGUUCGAGCCUUAAAUUCCAAGAAAAAGCUCGGAUUCGUCAAUGGCUCUAUUAAAGCUCCUUCAGAAACAGCUGACCCUAAUGGUUAUGCGAUUUGGUCAAGGUGUAAUGACAUGGUCCACUCUUGGAUCGUUAAUUCUUGCGAUCCAGAAAUAGCCGAAAGUGUGACCUAUUAUCCUACUGCCUAUGAAGUUUGGGAGGAUCUUCAUGAACGCUUUUCUCAAGCAAAUGCGACACGCAUCUUUGAGAUUCAGAGAGAUAUCAACUCUCUUCGACAAGAACAACUCUCAGUUUCAGUCUAUUACACAAAGUUGAAGGCUUUAUGGGAUGAAUUAUCAACACUUGAUGCAACACAACAAACAGAUCAACAGAAAUUGAUGCAAUUCCUUAUGGGAUUGAAUGAAACAUACCAGGCUAUCCGAGGACAAAUUCUUCUCAUGAAGCCUCUGCCCACUGUUCGACAAGCCUUCUCCUCUGUCCUUCAAGAAGAAAAGCAACGUCUGAUUGCUUCAUCCCACAUGGUGGAAGACUCCGGCAGCGCUGCCAUGGCAGUCCAAUCCGAGAAUAACAGGUCGGCACCGGAAGCAAGGAAUGAUCAAGCUAAUCGGUUUUCUGGAAAUAACAAUCGGUUUUCUGGAGGAGACCGCUCUAAUCGCAGCACCUGGAAUGAUCGAACAGAGCGUGGUGGAGGAACUCAUCGCGGCUCCUGGAAUGGAGGACGACGGGGUGAUCAAAACCACCGUCGUUUUGGGUCAGAAAGACGAAGGCCUCAAUGUACCUAUUGUGGUGAUAUGGGCCACUGGGUUCAGACUUGUCACAAAUUACAUGGAUACCCAGAAGGCCACCCUAAAGCAAGAGAUAAUCCAGGUAAUUUUAACAGAACAGCUGCUGCUAAUUAUGCUUCAGAGGAGAGGUUGGUUUCGAUUCCAGAAGACCAACUAAAACAAUUGCUGUCACUUAUCCCCAAAACUCAAGAUGAGGACUCCAAUAACAAAACCAGGAUCUGGCUACAAGGAAGACGAUUGGUUUGGGUAAGCUACGUGACAGACUAUAUUACCUAGCGGCACUAGCAACGGAGAAAUCUUUGACCAAACAAUCCUCACCAUCUAACAGACCAGCAUGUCACCUCACCACCUCUUCCACCGAUCUCUGGCACAGUCGGCUAGGCCAUGUAUCACCUUCUCGUUUGAGUUUCAUUGCCAAGAAUUUUUUGAAUUUUUCCAUUCAGUCAAAUAAUGCUUGCCCUAUAUGUCCUUUGGCUAAGCAAAGUCGUCUGCCUUUUCCUACCAAUGUUAUUUCUUCAACAAAACCUUUUGAGAUUAUUCAUUGUGACAUUUGGGGUCGUUAUCG